AUGUUGAAAGAGCUGAAGGUAGUAGCAUCAAGAGAAUUGAAGAGUAGAAAUGAGAGAAGAGAAAGAAGGAAGACAAUUUGGAAAGCUAUUCAUAAAGAGCUGAUGAAAUUCAACAAAGGCACCAACCCAGAGGACGAGGAAGAAGAUUUAUUUGUCCCUCGAAAGCUUUUCAUAUUCAACGUGGACACAUUUAAAAACUCUCCACAGAGUGUUGAGACUACACAAUGCCACAAAGAAACGGAUAUUAAGAAUGUCCAGUGUACCUCAAGUGUAGGACAGGUGCCCACUCCAACAAAAAAGAAGUCAUUCCAGGGAAGGUUGAGGAAAUUCUUUGGUUUAAAAUAAGAGACUGUUUGUGUGGAACCUGAGGAUCAAAGAUAUUCACU